GAAAAGAGUAAUUUCUUCCCCUUCUACCUCAGGCAACACAGUUCCGCAUGUGGACACUACACCUGCUCUUAGUUUCUACCCCCCAGCAGGCUUUGCAGGUGUUGGGGAGCUGGUCAUAUGCUUCUACUGACAGUUGAGCCCCAACCAUGACCAGAGCUCAGAUACCUCAGACAAGUCCAGGGACAGUUUCUUCCAUGACGUGAUUAGCUGAACAGUACAGUACUUAGGCAGGAUAAAAGGCUGUGAGCUGAAGGGAGGAGGAUGGCAAUGGCUCUCAGGGUGACAGCAGAUGUGUGGCUGGCAAGACCCUGGCAGUGCCUGCACAGGACGAGGGCACUGGGCACUACGGCAACACUGGCCCCCAAGACACUGAAGCCCUUUGAAGCCAUACCACAAUACUCCAGGAACAAGUGGCUGAAGAUGAUACAGAUCCUGAGGGAGCAGGGCCAAGAGAACCUACACCUGGAGAUGCACCAGGCCUUCCAGGAGCUGGGGCCCAUUUUCAGGCACAGUGCAGGGGGAGCACAGAUUGUGUCUGUGAUGCUGCCUGAGGACGCUGAGAAGCUGCACCAGGUGGAGAGUAUCCUCCCGCGUCGGAUGCACCUGGAGCCGUGGGUGGCCCACAGGGAACUCCGUGGCCUGAGACGUGGUGUGUUCUUGCUAAAUGGGGCUGACUGGCGCUUCAACCGACUGAAACUGAACCCAAACGUGCUGUCACCAAAAGCUGUUCAAAAUUUUGUCCCCAUGGUGGACGAGGUAGCAAGGGACUUCUUGGAGGCCCUGAAAAAGAAGGUGCGUCAGAAUGCUCGAGGGAGCCUUACCAUGGAUGUCCAGCAAAGUCUCUUCAACUACACUAUAGAAGCCAACAGAUGUAUCUGGAAGGUGCACCAGGAACUCAGACUCGGCAGCUCUCAGACCUACAGUGGCAUUGUGGCAGCACUAAUAACUCAGGGAGCUUUACCUCUGGACGCCAUCAAAGCCAACUCUAUGGAGCUCACUGCUGGGAGCGUUGACACGACAGCAAUCCCCUUGGUAAUGACCCUUUUUGAGCUGGCUCGGAACCCAGAUGUUCAGCAGGCCCUGCGGCAGGAGACCCUGGCAGCUGAGGCCAGCAUCGCUGCUAAUCCCCAGAAGGCCAUGUCAGACCUGCCCUUGCUGCGGGCUGCCCUUAAAGAGACCUUGAGACUCUACCCUGUUGGUGGCUUUUUGGAGAGAAUCCUAAACUCAGACCUGGUGCUUCAGAACUAUCAUGUCCCUGCUGGGACGUUGGUCCUACUUUAUCUGUACUCCAUGGGCCGAAACCCUGCAGUGUUCCCAAGACCUGAGCGCUAUAUGCCUCAGCGCUGGCUGGAGAGGAAAAGGAGUUUCCAGCAUCUGGCCUUCGGCUUUGGGGUGCGCCAGUGCCUGGGGCGGCGCCUGGCAGAGGUGGAGAUGCUGCUCCUGCUUCACCAUAUGCUGAAAACCUUCCAGGUGGAGACACUGAGACAAGAGGAUGUGCAGAUGGCCUAUCGCUUUGUUUUGAUGCCCAGCUCUAGUCCUGUCCUCACUUUCCGGCCCGUCAGCUAGUCACCUUACAUCUGGGGCCCUAAUCAGUCCACCGGCCUACUUCUGUCCUGACGCCCAAGGUCACGCUUCUCUGCCAGCAGAAAUCUUGGGGGGGGGGAAGAGGUCACAUUGUCAUCAUUCAACACAACUGUACACAGUUUACAGCUGAAGACCUCCAGCAUCAGGUACAAGCAAGGCCAGGGAAGAGAUUAGGAGUAUCUUCAGGGCAAUAGGUAGUCUCUCCUGAGCGGUCUUCCCCAUUCUUUCCAACGGUCACUCCAGGUGGCCACGGCCUUCAAAGGGUCUCAGAGUAAAGCCAGAAGUAAUCUCCUCCUUAUGGAUCCAUUAUUUUGACAUGACCCACAAAAACAUUUUCACACACAGAUGGGUUUUUGGGGGGCAAAAGAUACAUAGAUGAUAGAUAUGAUAUAUGAUAUUGAUAGAUAGAUAGAUGAUAGAUAGAUAGAUAGAUAGAUAGAUAGAUAGAUAGAUAGAUAGAUGAUGGAUGACCAGUCAUUUAUGUCUGUGUUUUGUUUGAAGCCUUUCACAGUGGAGCUGGCACAUAUGAGUUGGUGACUCUACAGUGUUUUAAGAGUAGACACAGCUGCACUUGCUAAGGACUGGGUGGUUGUGGUAUCAGAGAUGCAGGCAGGAGGACCUGCUGGAACCCAGAUACUGUGUGAAGUCCCCACAGGGACGGUGGUCUUCCAUGAGGUCAAGGUGUUUCCUGACUUCUGCCAGUGCAUGCUGCUUGGGCAAAGGUAAUUCUCUUGACUUGUGAAAGUGGCCCAAAGCAUAAGAAUUUUUUCAGGUAUCCUUUCAGCUGCAAGUCGGUAGGGCGAAAAGUUUUGGCCAAGAACAACCACUUCACAGGAUCUCCUGUGCUCAGCACCAAAGCACAAAUCUACUGGAGAUGUGUGUGCCAAAUUCCAAGGUCUUAGGCCUUUGAGUGUGAGGCAGUAUAGAGUCAGGGCCUUUAAUGAUAUAAUUCGUGUGAAAUGAGAUUACUGGGUUGUGCCUACUCCAAUGCCCAGAGAGCACCCAAGAAGAGAGUGAGGUGCCAGGUCACAGAGACAGACCCCAUGUGGAAGACAGGAAGUCAGACUUCUGUAAGCCGAGGAAAGCAGUUGGAACUCCUGUAGUCUUGGCUCCAUCACUCAAUCACUUCCCUGGCUGUGAAAAAUAAACUUGUGUUGUUGAA